GCCAACCGUGGCAUAGGCUUCGAACUCGUGAAGCAGCUGCUCGACUCUCCGGACAAUCUAGUCAUUGCGACAUGCCGUAAUCCUGACAAGGCGACCGCGCUGAGUGACCUGAAGAAUACCGCUAAAGGAACGCUGCACAUUAUCCAACUCGACGUCACCGACUUCGCCAACGUCCGCGCAUCGACGACGGAGGUCGAGGCAAUUAUCGGCGAUAUCGGCCUUGACUGCCUCGUCAACAACGCUGCCAUCUUCACGUAUGACACGGCGUUCACAAGCGACCCAGACACGCUCCUGUGCCUUCUUCGCACGAACGUGGCCGGACCGGCGCUCGUCGCGCAAGUAUGCCUGCCGCUGCUCGAGCGCGGGCACGCGAAAAUGCUCGUGAACGUGUCGAGCACAUCUGGGAGUAUCGGGAGCGUGAAGCAUAUCGAGAAGGAGGAGCAUCGCGUCGGGGGCGCCGCGUACUCGAUCAGCAAGGCCGCAUUGAACAUGCUGACGUAUAAGCAGAAAGUCGAGCGGCCGGACCUGAUCGUGCUCGCGCUGUGUCCGGGGUGGGUGAAGACAGACAUGGGAGGCCAGCAGGCGGCCCUCGAGCCCGAGGAGAGUGUCGCUGGCAUACUGAAGGUCGUCACUUCGGCGACGCCUGCGGAUAGCGGCAAGUUCUUGAGCUUCAGCGGUGCGGAGGUUCCGUGGUGA